UGUGCCCUUGCUGCUGGCACAUGGAAUUCCAUCCUCGGCGGGGCAGCGGGAGCUGUUUUCGGGCUGCAGCGGUGCCGUGUCAUGGAGUGACAGGCGGCGAGUGCGGGCUGUUUAUUUCCGAUCAUCGCGACCACGCUGCUGGGGGGCAGAGAGGGAGCUCGGGCCCCCAAAGUCUCCUGAAAAGGGAUGGAAGGAAAAACCAAUAAAAUGAAUAAUAAUGUUAAAAAACCCUCUACAAACGGAACAAGCAAACAAAAAAAGGCACCAUUAAAAAAUCCCCAAACGAACAUGUUUUUCAGCCACGGAAGCCUGGCUGUGCUCCUGCUGGAGUGGGAAUUCCGUGUGCGUGUGCCCCAGCACCCUUUCCCUGCCCCGGCGGCUGCUGCACGCGUUAUUUCGGGCCACCCUUCACUGCCGGGGUGCAGAGGCACUGCUGCCUCUGCCUGCUGCAGGUGAAGUGCUUCCUCUUGUGGAAGCCAAAGUUUGGGGCUGGAGCAGGACAGUUUUCAGAAAAGAAUGCUUUGGGAAUGUUUCUGGAGCUUCCCAGGAGCAACGGGCUUGGAAAAAACAAACCUGAACACCCCACUGUGUCCGGGGAGCAGCACAGCCACCUUGCGGAAGAGAUGAGAGCAAAUGGAUUUACUCCUGGCUCACGGCUUCUUUUUGCUAUUUUUUUAUUAUUUUUUUUUCUUCCCCCCCACAUUUCUCUUUUAAUUUCUUAGAAACUCUGGGCCUGCUUCACUGCCUUGUUUGUAGCUCUAUCUGUGGAGCAGAAGUCAGCCUGAACAGAUUUAAAACCUUCUAGGGAACAAGAGAAAACCCUGAAAAGAUUAGUCUUAAACUAGAAAAAGCUGUGGCAGUAAAUGUAGGAAAUGACUGUCAGUGUCUCAUUCUGUGUGAUCAGGGCUGACUGUCCAGAAAUGACAGGCUGGGAAAUACAGCCCCGUGUUUCAGCAAGUUCCCAGGACUUUACAUUUUAAUGUUGCUCUGCAUCAGAAUAUGCUUUCUCUGUUUUGCUUUUCGUUAUUUUUUUUAUUUUUUUUUUUUUUUAGCUGGCGAUUAGAUGAACAGGUUUUAAACAGAACAACAUGUUUUUGGCAGAAAGGACAUCAUAACAACCCAAGGAACUCUUAAAAAAAAAGUUGGAGACGGUCGUGCUGCUGAGCAGCUGCUGUAUUUCACUCCAGAAGUGCCGCUUCCAGUGGCUCAGGCACUGCGGUCUCGCUAUGGGUGCUUACGUUUCUAACACGUUUUUUACGUUCCUAGAGGUGAAAGUGUGUUAUGGAAACAGCAUCAUUAAUUUUCAUAGCCUUCACAGCCCUGGCUUUUUUUGGUUUUGUUUUCUAAUCUUCUGUUUUUGGCUGUGUCUUCAGGCAAAGUAACGAUAAAAACCUUUUGGUUGUUAGCCUGGCCUUUAGGAGAAAAAUAUAGCCAGGGCCCAAUCCUGCAUUCCAGGCAUUCUCCAAAAUCUUCUUGGCUGUUCUGCAAGCUUUGAGAGUGCACAGAAAGCAGAACUGGCCCGUAAUGUGCCUGAAUCUAUUUGGCUCUGAGAGUCCCCUCUUAAAAAGCCUCUGGUUACAUCGAGUGACAUUGUUCCUUGUCAAAAGAGAUGGGAAACAAGGCUGCUGGCUGUUUUCUGCUGAGGUAACUGGCCUGCUGCAGUUGCUAGGGGUUCACUGUUGUUUUUUUUCCCUCUUGUUUAAGUCCUUAUUCAAAUUACAGUUUAGUUCUAUUCCCAGGGAAAUAUAUGGAUAUUUUGAUAUGUGGCUUUGCAGCUCUUGCAGGCAUUUAAAAAAAACCUUGAACAUUUUAAUUUAUUUUUUUUGAAAAGAAGUUCAUCAACUGCUUUUGGUGCAUGCAGAGCACGCCAGCUUUUCUUAGAAAAGCACAUGUUGCAGUCCAGAUUUCCCUCACAGCCCCAUUCUUCAGAAGUUUAAGCUGGAAUGAUACAGACAUUGGAGGAAGGAUCAGAAACCAGCUGAGGGCAAGUCUUCCUUUCUGCCCUGUGUUUCUCAAGACAGUCACCAGCUUUUGGUGCAAGAUAGAAACAGUCAUCUUGGGUGAAUUCUCACCAGAUGCCAAUACUAAUUUGUCAGAAGCAGAUGGUGCCUUCUGUUUCAAAACUGGAAUAACUCAGCUAUGGGACUUCUGCUGGGGAAACUUUCCAUCAACACGAGAUUUAAAAAAAAAAAAAAAAAGUGUUAGAAAUAGUUCAGCUCUUCUGACUCUUCGCUUUUACUAUAAGACAUGAUUAUAGGUUAAGGUCACAAAACAGAGCCACUAACCUUUGUUUGAACUUCCUUGUGUUCAGCACAUGUAGGUAUUUCAUUAUUGGUUCAGAGGCAUAGCUGACUGACAGAACACACAAACCAGGAAACUCUGCAAUCUUACUUUAAAGUCUUUCUUGCAACCUAUCCCUGUUUCCUCCAUGUGUCUAUGAAGGAGGAAGCCAUAUCUUUAAGAAAUAUGCCUUUUCCCCCCUCUUCCUGUGAAAUAUUAAUAGAUGUUGCCAAUGGGUCAGAGCUCUUUAAGGGUGUUGUGUAAAAUACCUCACCCUGUGCUCACUGCAGCACUGAGAAUACAGACACCUUUUGAUUUUUUUUCCAGAGAAGGAAAGACAGAGCAAAUUUUAGAGAUGAGGCAGCAAAGAUGCUCUGCAACAGCAGUAACAGCCAUCCUCUUGCCUGCACAAAACUGGGAGCUAUUGACUAUUCAUGGCAAAGCGUCCAAAGCGCAGCAGCAGAGCCUGUGGAAAAUGACAGCGUGUAACAAGAUUGACUGGCAUUUCCUUCAUGCUGGGUCACAUGCCUCCUAAUUCACACACACACACAACCUCAUAGGCUGAUCGAAUGACUUCUAUCUCUGCAGUCCACAUACCUUCCACAGAAAGAGUUGUUUUAUUAUGCACAUGUACAGCUCUGUUUUCAAUCAGUCACCUUGAGCAAAUGACUGAGGGCCAGUGUUCGCUCCAUCCCGAGGUCUCUGCGUUUGCUGUCUAAGGGGCAUAAUCUCGGCUCUCACCUGAACUUUGGCUGCCUGGUAUAUGCUGUUGGGAUAUCCUUAAGAGAUCAUCCAGGAAUGGUGGAUCACUUGCUGCCUACUGAUGAAUCCUUUUCAUCCACAAGAUCGUCUCUUGGAUACUUUGGGGACAUGACAGCAGGCGUGAGGUCCUACCAAAUGCUGCCCUCUCCCCUGUCAGAAGAUGACAGUGACUCGUCCAGCUUUUGUUCUUGUUCCAGCCCUGACUCCCAGGUCCUCAGCUCCAGCUAUGGAAGCACAUCCAGUGCAGAAAGUCAGGACAGUAUCUUAGACUAUUUAUUGUCCCAGGCCUCUUUGGGGAGCACCACUGCAUCAUGGUGGGACAAAAGGAGACUUCAGCCAAUAGUGAAAGAGGAGUACUUUAGGUUGCCUGAAUUUAACGUGGAUAUGGAAGACUCAGGACCAUUUCAGCCCACACUUGAGGAAAUUGAGGAAUUUUUGGAGGAGAACAUGGACUUGGAGCUCAAAGAAAGACCUAAAAGUGAGACCAAGGACUUGAGAGCUUGCAGCCAGGUCUCUGUUGCUUCGCUGCAGCAAAAAGACCAUAUGUUACCCAGUACUAGUUUAAAAGACAGUAAAAAUGAACAGUUGACCAGCUCAACGGAAGGUGGCCAAGCUUCAAAUGGAGGAAUGACCCUGGAGAAUGGAAUACCAGUUAUGCUCCAAAUUCAGCCUGUACAGAUCAAACAGGAGUCCAACACGAGCCCCAGUUCCCAAGGACCAGCACAGGAGAACAUUAAAAUUGCACAGCUCCUAGUCAACAUCCAAGGACAGACAUUUGCCCUUGUGCCUCAGAUAGUUCAGUCUUCUAAUUUGAACUUGUCCUCUAAGUUUGUCCGCAUUGCUCCCGUCCCCAUCGCCGCCAAGCCACUUGGGCCAGGAGGCAUGAUCCAGGGGCAGACGGGAAUCAUCAUGGGUCAGAAAUUUCAAAAGAACCCUGCAGCCGAACUCAUUAAAAUGCAUAAAUGCUCUUUUCCUGGUUGCACCAAGAUGUACACGAAAAGCAGCCAUUUGAAAGCCCACCUGAGGAGGCACACAGGAGAAAAGCCCUUUGCAUGCACGUGGCCAGGUUGUGGAUGGAGGUUCUCCAGGUCAGAUGAGCUGUCCCGGCACAGGCGCUCCCACUCGGGGGUGAAGCCCUACCAGUGUCCAGUCUGUGAGAAGAAGUUUGCUCGAAGUGACCACUUGUCCAAACAUGUCAAGGUGCACCGGUUCCCACGAAGCAACCGCUCCGUCCGCUCCAUGAACUGAUGGGUCCUGCUUUCCCCUUCUGCCCAGCCAUCCUACAACAGCCGAUGACAGCACUUUGCUCACUAUAUUUCUAGUGAUAAUUUAUUUGUCUCCACAGAACAGUCAAUGCUGUUACUUAAUACCACCAUGUUUGAGUGCCCCACGUCCUUCAAAGGAUUUGAGAAUGAAGCUCUUUUUGGGUCAGGGGAGCGGGGCGCUUCUUCCUUCUUUUUUUUUUUUUUUUUUUUUUUUCUUUUAAGGAUAUUAUUUUCCUUUCCUUCUAUAUGUCUCUCCUUUGCUGCUGCUUCUUUUGGAAAUUACAGUGUUUUAUUUUUAGCUGUUUUUUGCUGCACAGGAAAAUGUAAAAGUUGCUUGCUGCUAGUUAAUUAUAGCCCUGGCAUUCCUGAGGGCUUUGCUCAUGUACAGGCCACUCAUUGUGAGUUUUUAUUAAGCUGCUCUAUUUGUCCAGUUUGGAAACAGCAAAUUCCUUUUGAAAUGAAAACAACUCCUUUGUUUUUGGGUCGCCUGAGCCAAGGAUUUGUAGGGGCUGGCCAUAGGAGGAAGAACAGUGGGAGUCGGGGAUAGGGGCAGACAAGGCUUGGAGAGCACUGGAAUGUGCCUCCAUGCAUCUCUGGAUUUUCCUGGCUCACAUUUACCUUUCCCUUGGCUAGGGCUAUAUAUAAAUAUUUAUGUAUACAUAUACAUACAUACAUACAUAUAUAUAUAUUUAAAGAAAGACACGUCCCAAGCAAACCCAGAAGCUCAGGCUGCAUGGAACGGCUUGGAGUGAAGCCUCUGGAACUGUGUGUGUGUUUCUGUCCUGCGCUGCCGAGGGGUGAAAAGAUGCCCAGGUGCCAAAGGAUGCUGCUUUCCUUUGAGGCUGGUUUGCAGCACCCACUGUCUAUAGCAGAAGAGCUGUUGUCUGCCCACAAAACAGCACUAAGGUGUUUGUGAGAGUGUCUGAGCUCUGUUCCUGUCUCUGCUCCUGCCCUCCUGUGUGAUCUGGGGGGAGAAAGCAGAGCCCCAGCCCCAGGGUGCCUGGUGAGCACUGGGCAUCCUCACAUGCAGUGUGAGUCGAGGCCUGGCUGGCUGGAGCUGUCUGUGUUUGCUGGCAGGGUGUGUAGGAUGUGCCUGUGCCCAGGGAGGGUGGGAGGAACUGUGAGCUGGUGGGACAGUGCUGUGAAACCCAGGUCUGGGGGUGAUCCUCAGUGCUAAUCCUCUCCCUCCCGACAGCCAUGUCAGAGCUCCAUGCAGCUGGGGUGGGCAAAUGGGUGAGAACAGUAGCCAAAAGAAACAAAUUUGUGUGGUAGCUGGCUAAGAAGGGAAUUCAAGCAAAUAAUCAGAUGGCAGCAGGCAAGUGAUUUUAUUUGUGUUUCUUCUUGUUUUGUUUUUCCUUUUGAACUCUGGCGAUUGUAAGAAGCUUUAGAAGAAAAUAGAAUUCAGUAAUUAGGAAUGAUUUUAUAAUGGAUGUUGCAUUUCCUUUCCAUUUGCAGACAGCCUCUGUUUGUCUUUUCUGUUGGCAACUUGGGAAGUAGAAAAGUGUGAUCCCAGAGCUAGGCAGAGCAGAAGCCCACGCUGUGUGAGAGCAGCAGGUCUGGCUAAAGUGAAUGCAUUCCUUUUGUCCUCUAGAAAUUAAUAUAAUUGAACUAUCAUCUAUUGACUGGUUUAUAUCACAUCCUAUGAAUGUAUGUAAAUAAAACUGUACAUAGAUGCAUAUCUAUAUAAAAUAUCUUUUAAUAACGUAUCAAAUUUGUGUAAAUUGGAAACAAAAAUACCUAUAAAGCCAGUGUACAUAAGUUACAAUUCUGUAUAUUUUCUUUUUGUUCUUCAUAAAAAUAUAUUUACUUUGACAAUAAAAUGAAAAUGGAAAUUUUAAA